CCUCUGACGAAACCGCACAGCACCUCUAGUGUCAGUGAUACUGGCUGAGUAUUUAUCGGCUCAACUGUAUCUCCAACGCCUUGUGACGGAGGUCCUUCAGUGCGCAGUUUGUAGGCCGACGAGGAGCUCUUGAUGCCCCACAGGCUUGAUCGCAUUCCCUAGAAUAUCACAGUGGCCCUGUUGCCGUAUAAUUCUCAUUGCGUUGAGCAUACGUUUCUCGCGAAGCUAGGGUAUCGAUCAGAGGAAAUGGCCAAGGAAGCAGCGGACGCGGCGGUGGCACUUCCGGAUAAGAUCGACUCGAGCAAGCUGGUCGCGGAGACUGUCGAUGGCGUGGCUGGGGAGAUUCCUGUUAUCGCGUACACGGAAAAGGUCUUGGCAGAGAAAGAAGCGACAUUGAGAAAGAUCAUCCAGGACAACUACGCGAAGAUCCAGGCGGUGGAGAAGGAGCUGGAGGCGCUGCACCUGGAGGUGAAGCUGACGUCCGGGUCCAAGAAGGCCGGCAUGGAGCUGCUGAGGCAGAAGAUCGAGCAGAGCACGGAGAAGGCCAGGGUGCUCCGGAAGAAGGAGGAGCAGGCCAAGAAGGUGUGGGAGGCAGCAGCGAAGCUGGUGGAGGAGGAGGAGCAGCGGAAGCAGCAGCUGUGUGACGACCUCAGGAUGAUGGUGCAGCAGAAUGCAAUGCAGCAGUACGAGCGCCUGGAGGCGCUGACGCACAAGCUAGACGCCCUCAACCCCGAGAUGCGCGGGCCCGCCCUCGAAGCCAUUGAGGGCCUGCGUGCCAAGAUCGCCCCCCACGGCAUCCUGCCCGCCUAUACAUCGAGUGGUGAUUCAGCAGCGCCAGGCAGGGAAGCAUCAACCUCCGCCCAGGGCACUUCUGCUCCAUCUGCUGCCCCCCCAGACGCCACUAAUCCGUCAGCGCCCUCCUCGUCUGCUGAAGCCCCAGCCACCACUCCCAGGGUCCCCUCUCAAUGGGCCUCCCGCGUGCAAGGGGCAGAGGGGGAGGCAAACAGCCAAGGGCAGGAAGGCAGCGGUGACGCCCCAGCAGCAGCAGGAGCAGCAGCAUCAGCAGCAGGAGGAGCAGCAGGAGCAGCAAAUGGCCCAGGGAGGGGGGGCGGGAGUGGAGGAGCAGAGGGGGGAGGAGCGCCAGCAGUGCGACUGUCCAUAGGCCGUGGGAAAGGCAGGGGGCGGGGGAGGGGCCUGAUUGCCAAGGGGGGAAACAAGGCAGGAGGGGAUGGGCAAUGGACAGGAGCAGGGUUUGAUGUUGAAGAUGAAAACUUUGCAUAACUGCAUAUGCUGACCUAGUUGACAU